AGUUUUCGCUUACCAUUUUAGCGGUAACAAUUCCAGCACCAAGUUAUGUACGUACAAAUUACUCACAUGGGUAUAUGAUGCAUUCCCUUUUCACAUCCUUUGCCCUUUGCAUUUUAGCGGCCUUACAAAGCCAACGAACUGCAAGCGCAACAGCACAUUACCAAAAAAAAAAAAAAAAAAAAAAGAGGAGUUACAUUGUACACGUUUGUUUGUUUAUAUAUUUUGCAUUUUACAUAUCACCCUCUUGGUAUCCCCCGUUUUGCGAGAAAAAAAAAAACGUUUUUCUUUGAAGAAACACAAAAUUGAGGAAAUGUACAUAUGAGAGGAUCUGAGUAGCAUUCCAUGGGUUUACAUAACACGUACGUGCGUUAUACAUGCAUACAUACAUGAGUGGUACAUACAUGCGACAUAUAUAACUCACUUUGUACGCAUUGCUUUGCCGCCCUGCUGCAUACUCUGCAUAUAGCCACCCCCACGCACGCAAGCGAAUGCGUCAACUUUUUAACCCCCUAUUUAGUUACCAAACUUUUUUAAAUUAAAGCCAACUUUUGGAGUAUAACCAGCAGUGGCGGAAAAAACCAAACUGGCUUGAAGAAGCGCUUUAAAAAAAUAAAACGGCAUCAAAAAAAAAAAAAAAAAAACCAAACCAAAGCGUAGCAUAGCAAAGCGAAGCAAAGGAAAAAGGAGAUUUAAAAAUAAUAUAUAAAAAGUGAGAAAACGGAAAAAAAAAAAAGUUACAAACGAAACAUUCAUAUAUAGAGUUACCUAAUUAAAGAAAAUCCCUGCAGCAUUUUUUUUAUUUUUUUAUUUUUUCAUUUUUUCAUUUUUUCAUUUUUACAUAUUUUCAUAUUUUCAUUUUUUCAUUUUUUCAUUUUAAUUAAUUGUAUGAACACUUUAAAGAGCAGCUAAGCUUAAGAGGCCAUAAGCGUUUGAUUAGCAUAUAUGUGAACCCCCACGUUUACGUAAACACGCUCGCGCGCAUAUGUAAAAUAAAAAAAAAACUCCCUAGGGGGAAAACAACCGAAUUUGCAAAAAUUGCAAAUCGCGCAGCCAUUUUUUCCCGCGGUUUGUCACUUUCCCAGCAAUACAUAAAUACAUAUACGCGAGAAUUUCCGACUCCCUCCGUAUAAUUAUAUUUGCUCACACGUACACGUACGCGCCUUCGUAUCGUUACAUUCACGCAAGCGCCCCUGUUCACAAUUUGGCGAGCGGCCUCAAUUUUUACCAACCCGAAAAAUCCAACACAACAAGAUAACCAUUCACCAUGGAGGAUAACAGUAAUGCAUCCGUUCACUCCGCUGUGCAGCAAAGCCCAGCCAAGGGUUGUCGGGUUUACGUUGGAAAUUUGCCCUGGAAAGUCACAUGGCCAGUUUUGAAGACGCACAUGAAAAAAGCCGGAGAUGUCGUGCGGGUCGACAUUUUCGAGGACACGCAGGGAAGGUCAAAGGGAUGUGGAAUUGUAGAGUAUGCCACGUAUGAGGAGGCGCAGGAGGCCAUAAACAGUCUGAACGAUUCCAAGUUGGAGGACCGACUCAUUUUCGUGAGGGAGGAUCGAGAGGAAAACUCGGGCAACUACGAAAAGCGCAGAUUCAACAACGUGAGGAAAGACAAGUUCUACGACCCCAGAAGGAGACGCGAUUUUGACUACAGAAGGGACUACAGAAGAGACGACUUUCGAAGGGACUACCGUAGAGACGAAUACAGAAGAGACUUCCGAAGGGACUUCCGAAGAGACGAUUUCCGAAGAAGCGAGUUCAGAAUGUCCAGCAAGAGAAACUGCACCCUCAUCGUUUACAACUUGCCACCACAAAGCACUUGGAAAGAAUUAAAAGAUUUAUUUAAAAAACACGGCCGAGUGGUCAGGGCAGAUUUGAAAAAUGAGGAAACCGCAUCAAAGGAAGUCACCGGAACGGUCAUUAUGGAGAGUGAGUACGACGCGAAAAACGCAAUUGACGCGCUCAACUUUUGCAACUUCGACGGGUACAUUUUGAAGGUCAACUUUGAGAACACCGAGUGAAGGAAGGGAGGCAGCGUGGAAUGGGGCAACAGCAAAAGCGAAAGAAAAAGCGAAGAGAGAGCGAAGCAGAAAAGUGGAAGCGAAGAAGGAUUGGAUACGUAGCAAGACAGGUACGCAGUAAGAUAGAUACGCAGUAAGAUAGAUAGACAGUAAGACACAUACGCAGUAAGAUAGAAUUGUCCUAAGACAGAUGUGUAGUAAGAUAGAUACGUAGUAAGAUCGAAUUGUAGCAGAGAGCAAGUGUACAGAAGAACAAGCGGAGAGAGAGGGGGAAAAGUGCCCCCACCUUGCUGCAGUUCCGCGCGCGCCCCCACUGCCCAUAUGUAAGCAACUAAAGGCAUGUAAAAAUGGACCACUCCACUCCCAUGUGUGUUCUUUACCCCCUGCUGUGUAACGUAGUAAAGCUUUUUAUGGAGUCCCAGUUUAAUGAACAGACCCACCACAAGCAAAAAAAAAAAAAAAAAACCCUCCCCCUCACGUACCCCCUCUCCCUGUUCCCAUGUAUAUGUAUAUAUAAAAAUAAAUGUGCCCACUCGCCUAUGCCGUUUUAUAUGCUCACCUACAUAAUGCAGUUAUAUGUAUGUAUGUGUGUGUGUAUAUGUAUGCUGUGUGCAUACGUGCGUAUGUGCGCGCGUGCAUAUGUGCGUGCAUGCAGGAAGUAGCCAUUGUU